AUCAAGCCCACCCUCUCUCCGUCUCUCUCUCUCUUCCUCCCCCCUCUUUUCUCCCCUCCAUCACCAUUACAACAGCCCGCCCCCCUCCUACACCGUCUGCCCGGGCGGGUGCACGAGCGGCUGCUGCUGCGGCGCCGAAUCUCUCGCAGUCCCGCCGGUCGCCAGUGGACGCUGCCCGGCUGGCCGAACAUGGCGGCGGCCCCGGAGGAGGAGGUAGACCGCAGACCGAUCCGGAGGGUCCGGUCCAAGAGUGACACGCCUUACAUCAACGAGGCGCGGAUCUCUCUGCACCUGGAGACAGGUAGGCAGACGGUGACACUGACACCGCUCUCCACUGCAUGUCGAGGCGUGUGAGCAGCAGCCUCCACGGGGGGAAUAUGGGAGUGAAUCGGUUCUCGCUGGGGGAGGAAUUGCUUCAUGGUGUGGUGACAGUUCCCACGCAGCAGCAGCAGCAUGACUUUGGGCUUUCAUUGUGCGGCUCUGACGGUAUCCAUGGUGCUCAGCUGCACCUGGGUGGAGGGUCACCACACACUGAUUCACGCCCAUGGUGUGAAUUUUCCUCCAUACAUGUGAUAUGCAGAGCACGGUUUGGUGUGGGGAACCCAAUCACCCCUGUAGGACGAUUGAUCGCUGGUGAGCCAACCAGACUCCGCCUUGACUGUCGGCUGCAGUGAGAUGCUGUGUGCGAACUUGCCACUCAUUUAAGAUGCAGGUAUUAUUAAUGCAUUUGGAGACAGGAGGGUGAGGAGAAGGUGGUGUGGCGUGCCAAAUCCUCGCCAAAACCUGGUUAGUGUGCGCUUAAACGGGUUAGACAAGUUAUUGUUUCCUUUGUUGCCAUGGUCACGAUGAUACGCUGUCAAGACGCUCGGAUCAUCCUCAUCUUGAUGCCACAUUUAUGCCUCUGUGUUUUUAGAUUAAGCAGAUUCUCUCUCAGAAAUCGGUGCACAUCCCUGAGGGAGGGAGGCUGCUGGAGCUGUCCACUGCCCCGUGGUGCUGAAAACGCCACCGAGCACAGCACAGCCAGGAGGAUGUGCAUGGAUUUCUCUAUUAUGUUCAUCCACACAGCACAUAUAUAAGAGUCUCCCUCGUCUUGCUAUAAGCCACCUCUAUCCAGGACUGUAUGGACCCUCCCCCAGAUUUAGACUGUGUGACAGUCACAUGGUGUUUAAGGCAGCGCAGUGAUCAUAUAUUUUCCAUUCCUGACAGAUGCCAACUCUCAAAGAUUCUGCUGCCUGGCUGUUGCUCUGAUGUCCUUGUUCAUUGUUUAGUCUAGCAUGUCUCACAUUGGUCAGUAAUUACUAAAACAAGGCAUUAGAGGCAAAGAUCACACAGUGUGCAGUGUUGUGUUGGUGUUAGCUUGAGCCUGGGGGCUGACUUCUCUGCUUGUGGAUGUGAGGUGUGAUUGCAGGGUGGUCCUUUGACAUGUUUGUCAAACAUGAUCCAGAAAAAAACCCUGAAAAAUAGAUGAAUAGGAUCCAGGCAGGGCGGCACAGUGGUGUAGUGGUUAGCACUGUCGCCUCACAGCAAGAAGGUCUUGGGUUCGAAUCUGGGUUAGGGCGUUUCUGUGUAGAGUUUGCAUGUUCUCUGUGUCUGUGUGGGUUUACUCUGGGUACUCCGGUUUCCUUCCACAUCCCAAAAACAUGCAGAAGUGGGGUUAGGUUAAGUGGCCACUUUCAAAUUGCCUGACUGGAACUAGCGAUGAGCUGACGACUUGUCCAGGGUGUCCCCUGCCUUCGACCGAAGAUGCUGGGAUAGGCUCCAGCCCCCCUGCGACCCCUAACGGGAAUAAGUGGUAGAAAUGGAUGGAUGGAGGAUCCAGGUAUUAAAGCAUGAAAACAGGUGCUGCAGGGAUGUAUAAAGAGCAGGAAUCAUUUUGUUUACAUUUGUGUGAGUUAGGAUGAUAAUUCUCAUACAGGUGACAUCAAUAUGAACACUUACAAGUGUGUGAUUUAGAUGAGAAGGACUUCUAAGUUUUUCUCUUUUUUUAAAUAAUCAAUCAGAUAAAUUAUUGAGGAUUAAUAAUCUUGAAUGUUUCAGUAUGAGACGGACAAACAUCAGUCCACACAUCUAUGUUUGCUGAUCAGAUGUGUUUUUAGACCCAUGCCCUCUCCCACAGAAAAGCCUGUAGAUCAACGCCCAACACUGUUGCCAUAGCAAUGCAAUAUUCACCAUGAAACAGGAAGUAGUUUUUUCCUUGGGGCUUAAAAUACUUGUUUGUUUUUUGUGCUUGUUGAAGACGGAUCUGUAUUGUAUCAUGCAAUUGUGCAUUUUGGAACUGAAACUCACGGUGGAUUAUUAUUCACGGACCCCUGGAGCCUAAUUUUUUAUAGACAAGUGGCCCGUGAACGUGUCACUCUGAUGUUAAGCCGGUUUCAGACACGUCUUGGUUUGUAGGUUUAUUGUUUUUUUUCUAGUUGCAAGUCAGUCAAGACAAAACAACAUAUUUUAUAUAGUUUUUGUGAGGGUGCUCGGCUAAAUGGCCUAAAAAAGCGCCACCUACAGCCCUCGUCUAUGAAAUCUGGUAGGCUUAUCUAUCUUUCCUGAGUCUACAACAGUCUCUUGGAUUCAUACUGUCCUCCAAAUUGGUGAAAAAUGAUUAUAUCCCAUAAUAAAAGAGAGUUUGGGGGCCUCUAUACAUAACCCCCAGAUGUGAAUUGUCAAAACUGAUAAUCUAAACCAUCUGGAGACAGAGGAGACUCUGAGAGAAAUGCCUUUAAGCCUGUGUACAAACUCAAAAGGCUGUGGUGGAUGUCAAAGUUUAAUGUCAAGUAAUAUAACAGGAAGUUUAUGUAACUCAAACAUUCAGGAUCUAAACUGUAUCAAACACAUUGAUGGUGAGUUAGAGUUAGAGUUAGAGGUAGACCCUCUGGAUAUGCUUGAACUGUGAGGCCAGCAGUUUCCCCUAGGGAUCCUUGUUAACAAUGAAGCUGCAGCGCUGUGUGUUUUGAGUAAAUGCACCUCGGUUUUGUUAAAUGAGCGGACUCACUUUUCAUUCAUGGAGCAGAAGGAUCACUGCAGGUGUCUGGUAAAUUUUAAGAAUACCUGCAGCUUAAUCACUAUCAGUGUUUGGUUUAAUUUUGAGGGAAGUUGUCCUUGAUUUUUAAGGCCUGGAGGAGCAGCAUCCCCUCUUUUUUAAGUAUGAGACCACAUGAGAAAAUGACAUUUAAAAAUGAAUCUACACUCUCAAAUUAAUCAAAGCAUGUUGUACUCCGUGGUUGUCUCUUUAAAGUUCUCAGCCAAAACUGCCUGACUUCAGUCUGUCACAAGUCCUGAAAGCCACGGCUUGUGGCAGACUGGAGUCCAAAUCCUGGACUGGAGUACUACAACAGUGUGUCAGAAUAAAUCCAAAACUGUUAAUUGAUGGGAGCUGAAUUAUCUGACUGAACCGAAUAAUCUGAGCUGGAUUUCCCGUCAUUUAAAGCGUGUGGAGCCUGACUUUGUGCCCCCAGCAGAAGGUGAUGAAUGCAUGUGAAAAGCCCGUCUAACAUAAAUCUUAAUGAGAUCAGGAAUUACUCACAUGCCUGCCUCUCCAGCAGCAUGCCCCCUCCUCUUACUCUCUGCUCCCUUUUAGCCUUCUUGGACUUUUAUGAGUCACGGUGAUCAGACCCACCUUCCCAUCAUCUUACUCAGCUGCCCUCUCUCUGCCCCUCCUCUCCAUUUUGUUUCCCAUCACCUUUCAGCGACAUUCGCCAAGCCUCCCCCAAAAACCAGCAACCCCAUUCUUUCUUUGGUUCUUUUUGUCAGGCUUUCUAUGAGGCAUGACUUGAUUCUGAGCGAGGAGGAGGCAGCAGAGGAGGAGGAGGAGGAGGAGGAGGAGGAGGGUGCUGUGUCUUGCUAACAGUGCUGCUCCUGGCUAGUAGCUGAAAAGAGAGCGGGCAUGAGGCUGCAGCUGCGUGAGGCUGCUGGUGUGGCAUCAUGGAGAAUCAGGCGAGGGCACUGCCAGCCGCAUCAGGAGGGGGAUAUCAGUCUUCACACCUCUCGGGUUUCCUCCCAAACCAGAUUUCUUUGCUCUAAUCUCAUAUUUUGUUCUUUCACCAUGAAGCCACCCACCCACCCACUCGCCUGAUCCCCCCUUUACUCCGUGUUUGUGUGUUUAGCUGCUGUUGUUUUGCAUAAAUUCAGCCCACUCCUUUCUUUCUUUGAUGUGUGUCACCAUUCACGUGUGACCAAUAUUCUCGCCAUCUUCACUCCGCUUGUGUUACAUGCCUGCCUUCUAUGUGUGUGUGUGUGUGUGUGUAGGAGGCUGGGUGUGUGUGUGAGUAAUAGAUUUAGUAAACAUGAGUGUAGCACGGCGGUUUCUGCCAGACGGCUCGUCGUCGUUGCUCCCUUGAGCCUGACCCUCUUCAGCCACAUUCAGUACUGAGCUGAGACGCGAUGAUCCACUGCAGUUUUUUCCUGCAUUUCUGCCGACUCAUCACUCAGCUACUCGCUCUUUUUUUCACCCCAUCUUGUCAUUGACAGGACUUCUUUGGUUUGAGGCGAGUUUGGGAAGAAUGAGAUGUACCAAAUAAGAUAUGAAAACAUCACUCACAUGUUGUAAUCAAGUUUUCUUUGUCUGCUGUUAAAGUAAACACCCGGAAUUUGAAUUUUGUCGAAGGACUUUUGAGGCAGUUUAUUUAGUCGUUUUUUGUCAGGUUUGUAUAAAUGUUCUUUCAAGGCCAAACACGGAUGAAUGAAUCAAAUGUUUCGACAAAAUAAAAGGAAAACUCUGUGACUCAGUGGCUGUUCAAAGCUUGUCAAAUCACUUCAUUCAUCAUGUGUUUGGGAGCGGCUCUCUGACCGUUUUGGAUCAAUGCUUCUAUAUUUAUGGACUCAGGAUUUUACACUGAAGGACAAAACCACGUGCAUCUAUUUUCUCUUGCACUAAUAUAUGGAAAUGUUGCUGCAGAAUGUCGAAAAGAGGAAAUCUGGGUGAACGGAUUGCUUGCUCCUGCGGUGAUGUCACGACAGGAGUGAUCAGACAUGCAAAGCCACACCCACUCCUGCAGGGAUUCUACUACCUGCUAUGGUUUAACUUUGGUGCUCCAGGGUUAAAGGUCACAGCUGGACAAGCUAUCUGCUCUGUUGUUUUGUUGUUGGUCAAGACCAUAGACUGUAUAUAGAAUGGAUGCCGUCUGCCACUGCAAGAACAGCACACUCUGGUGACGGGCUGCAGUAAAGGUCAUAAAUCCCGCCUCCUCUAGCAGAGCUGCAAUGUUGACAUGUAGUUACUGUCAGACUGGUUUGUGCUCAAGUCCUAUUUUUUCUUUGAAGCUCCAUUUUUAAAAGUUAUUAGGGGGUUCAUGUUUUCUUUGAUUGACACCUGGUACAGCCUAUGGGCGUUCAGGGAUUGGGUAGCUCUCCUGGGGGGAUACACUGUUUGAGCCGAGCGUCAUCGCAGCGACUCUCGGCGACUGCACGGCCUAAUGCACACAUCGCUACUGUGCAGCGCUGGUUUCAGGAAAUGAAGAAAAAUCCCGGAAAUACCGAGAACUUUAUGGCUUCAAAUCUGUAUACAGGCGGAAGGCGGAACCAAGUUGUCCAUAGUAUAUACAGUCUAUGGCAGCAACAGGUUUUCAAAAAAACUUCCUUUUAUGGUAUUAGUGGCUGUUUUUUCCCCAUUGACUCCCAUUAUAACAACAUGUUCUGAAUGCAGAGACAUGGCACUAUAUAAAUAAUUUUUUACAGUCAGGGUGAUCAACCCUGUUCAGAGGGGCUCAAAUUAGGUAAUUUUACUGUUGAUCACCUGGCUCUCUCAUUUACCCAUUACAUAGCCCUGUUGUAUUACUAACACUGUAUGAGGGUUAACAGGCAACAAGGAUUAGCAGCUAAAAUAAUCAGUAUAAAGCACCUUUAAGCACUCAGUUAUCUUAUAAUUAAACAAACUUAAUCAUUGCUUAUCAUUAUAGACAUAUAUAAUAGACGUUUGAAGACAGUAGUAUGAUCUAGACAACGUCCAAGUCCCAGCUGGCAGAUAAACUUUGGACGCUGUGAUAGUGAGUGUGUUGGCAAACAUACACGCCCAGCAGAGCCCAUCACCCAAAAAGGUCUAUGAGUCUGAGCAGCUUCCAAGAGAUGAGCAAAAACAGCCGAUAAAUACACUUUUUAUGGCGGUUUAUUCGAGCGUGUGCACUCCAGCGUCUGUUUCCUGGCAUUUCUGGUGCUCUUGAGUCAGUCCAGAUCCCAGGCUGCACCGCUCCGCUCCAGCCAUGUAAAUCCAGGUCAGUUCGGUUAGAGCUUAGCCGUUCUCACAAAGACCAAGACGCAGGCAUUACCACGCUCUCAUUCAAACACAGAGAGCUCUAAUACAGACCUGAAUGAAAGGCUGAGACAGAGAGGGCUUAAAUGAGCGGAGGUGGAGGAGGAGGAAGAGCGUGAGGAGGAGGAGGAGGAGGAGGAGGACAGGGGUAGAAGGAUGGAGGCUUUUUAAAUUGCAGCGACAUAAAGACAGAGUUGGCUGUCGACCAUUGAAUAUGGUGGGAACGUUGCACAAACAAACCACCACCCACUAUCAGGGUAAAACUCAUUGUCUGCUGCUAUCUGCAUACAUUAGCCGGGCCCUGAGCUGCAGAAUCCCAGAGCUACCUGUGCAGAAUACAAGAGCGCAGCCAGGGAGAGCGAGAGCUUUAAAUGCAGAGGAGUAUUUCCUGCCUCGCUGUCUCCCACCACUCAUACAAAACCCCUCACUCUUCCUCUGCUGGCACGUGGAUCCAUCCAUUCAGCUCAGACAAGCUAACCUUUGUGCCGAGAGAGAGAAAACCUGAGCUAUUCAACACGGCCAGUGACUCAGAGUGAGGGUGACAAUGAAGACAGUGGGACGGUCUCUCAGCUGCUGUGACGUCAGACGGACAGGAGAAAGAAACCGUGUGGUUUAUGGGAAAAGACUCUCUCAUACACCUUCGUCUCUAAUUAAACACAUGGACAUAACCUUCCCUUUCCUGCUAUCGUUUCAUAAAGGAUCUUGAGAGUUUGAUGGAAACUUUAAUUUAAGACAGAGAGGAUGUCAGACAGGAUUUUACCGCUUCACUAUUACAGAAGAAAAUCCCAAGAAUCCUAUCUUAUUCAACUUAAAACCACUGGAAACCCAAAUCCACAAAAGCUCUCCUUCUUCGUUAUGCAUGUCUUAAUUUAUGUAGAAUGAAAAAUGAUUCGGCAUGUUGGAGAUUUCAUUAAAAUCAGAGUUACUUUUGUGAUUCAGAAGACCUUUAAAUAGACUUUAGUUGCAGUAGAUGUGCUGAGUUUAUAUUAUUAGUUAUUAUGUAGACGUUCACCUUCUGUAACUUUUGUUUUAUCCUGCAGCCGUUCUCUCUGUAAUUCUCCUUUUCUAACCCCACAUCGUAAACCAGCAGCAGCAGUAUAAUAUGAAAACUCUGGAUCUACAGUUGAUAUAAAACAAAUCAAUGUGCCUUCCUCUUUUGCACUAACAGGAAAGGAUGCAGUGUGUGUGCGUGUGUGUGUGGGUGUGUGUGCUGACAGAGGAUAAUCAAUCCUGCGCUCUUGUAAACAAGGUUUGUUUACAUUCAAUGCCACGCUCCAUCAGGACUGUCCUUGAGGUCUGCAAAUGUGUUGAAAGGAUCAACAAACUCACACAAAACAGCAAAGCUUUGUUUCUUUAACGUUAUUCCUAUGUUUACUUCUAUAAAGUCUAUAAAUCACCAUACUGACUGAAGAAUCACACAUUCUCAUACAGAUGUCUCACAGUCUGUUAGUUGGAAUGAAACUCAUUGUUCCUUUGUGAAAGUAUUACAGACACACAUAAAUGCAAGGUAUGCUCAAAGAGACUGACUCCCACUUCCAUCAGGAAAGUAAAAGAAUCAGACUUCAAAUUGAUGAAAACAAACAAAAUAAAGUCGUUAAAAUUCAAAUUACUUUAUACAAAGUCAAAAUUAUGAACUAAAAAACUAAAUUAAUGCACUAAAAACUCAUCAUCUGACAUAAUUUGUCAAAACUGGGUCAUUAAAAAGUCCUGGUCUGACACAGAGGAUUAAAUUAUCAGAUAAAAAGUCAUUAUUCUAGUUAGACUGUGUAAAAAUGAAAUAAAAUUACAAUUUAAAUCUAAUUUCAAGUUAAAAAAUAAGAGUCUAAGAGACAUAAUAGUGAGAUAAAGAGUUAAAAACUACGAUUAAAUGUCCAAAUAUUGUGAUAGAAAGUCAAAAUCUGGGCUAAAAGUCAAAAUAAUUAAACAAAAAAGUCAUAAUGUUAUAAAAAAAAGUCAAAACUAUAAAAUUGAAAAGUCAUUGUGUUUUAAAAAGUCAAAAUAAUUAAAUCAAAAAGUUGUGAUGUUAAUAAAAAGUCAAAACUAUGAGAUUAAAUGAAAUAAUGGUCGGAUAAAAAAUCAUUAAUUAAGAGAAAAUGUUCCAGUCAUGCAACACAAAUCUGUAAUCUGAUCUAAAUUGUUAUAUUAAUAGAAUCAAAAAGGUAUAAUCUUGGAUAAAAAGUCUGAAUUAUAAGAUUAAAAGCUCCUGAUAUUCAUUUAGAGUCAAAAGUUUAAGCCCAAAAGACACAAUGGGAGGAUAAAAAGUCAUAAAAUAAAGUAAAAUGCCAAAAAUAUUAAGAUUCAUUGUCAAAAUUUGAGUUUAAUAGUUGAAAUCAUAAAAUUAAAAAGACAUUAAAUAUUAAUUAAAAGUCAAAGUUAUGAGGUUUAAAGUCAAGAUAAGGAGAAAGAAGUCAGAACAAAAAAAACAUUAGAUCCAUUUAAUCUCAUUUAUUGACUUUUUUUUGUUAUUUUGAGUUUUAUUUCAUAAUUUCAACAUGAUUAUGACUUUAUUCCUCAUAUCAGAGUCUUAAUAUUUGUUUAAUUUUGUCGUCCAGUUUAAGUCAUCAUUGUUUUAUUCUAGUGUGAUCGAGAUUUAUGAUUAUAAAGUGUAUCUGUGCACCCUGUGGUUCUUGUAUAUACUGUAUUGAGUCUGACUUUAGUGGUCGAUGAAUCCUUCACAUACAGAUCAGAUUAAAGCUGCUGGUAAUACUUUGAGGAAACAUCGUGGUGUUGGGGGUUUACCACACACCUAAAGCUCUUCCUCGAAUAAGUGUGAAUAAGAGGAGAAGUGGAGCACGCUCUGUGAUGUUUGCUCUCCUGGAUGCAUUCUGACAGUCUGAGACGGCGUGUCUGAACUGUAGCUUUCAUCACUCGUGCCGUAUGUCAGAGAGCGCAGAAAUGAGAGUGAUACUAGAGGCUGACGGAGGGAGGACGGAUUUACCGCUGAGCUGGAGCAGAAGUUAUACUCCAAACACACACUGAGAGCACCGCAGCAUCAAAAACAAGAGCUAUCUCACUCCAUCAUGUGGAUUUCUCUCAGGCGAGAGUUUACUGUUAGUGUGCGAGAUCGCUUUCCUGUUUUCUGCUGAUGUGAUAUAACCCAGAGUCUAUCAGCCCUGAGGUGUCUACAGGACGUUUUUGUGCGAGUUCUUCAUCUUUGUCAGUGAAGAGGAAAUUUGGCUGAUGGGUUAACGAGUUAAUGUGCAGUAGAGGUGACAUUUAUCACAGCUGGGCGUGUGAAGACAAAGCAGCUGUCGGCCUCAGUCACUCAAGCUUCAACAUCUCGACCUUAAAAAUGGCAGUAUCUUCAGUUUAGUCUCAUAAUGAUCUCUUUAUCCUACAGUGGCCUCGAAGCGUGAGACAUGAUAGAGAGGAAAAUCGAUUUGACAAUUUUAAUUUUUGUUUUUAACAUCGUCAUCAUCAAAUAAUCCGAUUACAAUUUAAAACCAAUUUUAUCGUGCAGCCCUACUUUCAGAGUACAUACAGUAAAUCUUUACCUCUUUAGAUUUGAAGGUGUUGAGAACUUUUGAGAAGAACAUUUUGCAACAAUCUGAAUCAAAUCCUGGGAUAAAACAUCUGAAAGAAGGAAAUAAAUCACACGGUUGGCUGUGGGAUAAAGUCUUCUAAAUUUGAGGUUUCCCUUGGUGGAAAGUGUGCCAAAUCCAGGGGCUUCCAAACCACUGAUUUAUUUCUUGAAGUGGAGCAUCCAACCUUCUGGACUUUUGAGUUUAAAGGGAUAUUCCGGCGUAAAAUUAAUUUAUUUUCAUUUUCAUAAAUGUUCUUCCUUGAGCUGCGUCACCCCGCUGUAGUCUGUAAUGGACUGGCCUGAGGUCUCGCUACAAACAAGCGUCUGCUGGAAGAGAGUAGGUGAGUUGUGUUUAGUCUCUUUGCUAAAGAAAUGAGUCAAAGUUAAAAAGAUUUUUGGUGUCUAGUACUAUGUCUGUGACCCUAUAUGUCCUGUUGAUGAAGUUAGGUGCUGUUCUGAGCAUUAUCUGUGUCUAUAGAGUGGCGUUUUGGUUGAGGUUUGUUUAUGGCUCCUCACACCGCUGUGUAUUACUAUCUUGCGGUCGUUACUAAAGUUGGUAUAACUAGAGAAGCAAGCGGUCGACAACAUUCAUCUCUGGAGGCGGGGUCUAACUCGGUGUUAUGGUGUGUUUGACCCUAAAUUAAUUUUACGCCAGAAUAUCCCUUUAAGGAUGUUUCUUUUGGGUCCUUUGUUCUGUGGAGCCAGCGGUAAGCAGACUCUGUGAUCCUGUGUGGAACUAAGUCUUAUAUGAUGACCUAGAGAGACUUACUAUUUCAUGGCUGUUUUGGACCAUUUUAGUCUCCGACCCUGAUGCACUAAAAGUAAAGAAGCGGGCGUAUCCGAUUUAUUCACUUCCUCUCUUUUUACGAAUUCAUAUCCUCAGAAUCAGGUCAGACUCUAUUCCCGUUGUUAUGCAGGUGUGUGUGGUGCAGUCUGUAAUGUCAUUUCUGGUUCUUAAUCCCUUGUCGGUUGCUGACUGUGUUGUUCUCCUCCUUGUUUUGCAGCCUGCCUGUGAGCCUCUCUGAUAUUUGCCCCCCUCCCUCCUGCCUGUGGUUGUUUAAAGUCUGCCCCCUGGUGGUUUUCCCCAGCUUUAAGGGUAUCUGCAGGCUGGGAUGCUUUACUUUACAGUACAUGCAUCGCUGCCGGCAGUUUCCAGCACUUUUACAGUCUUUGCAGGUUUUUUGUCCUUUUAAAUAUGCUGUCUGAAUCGGUGAAGGCCACCUUUCAGAACGAUGAGCUGUGCACAGGAGACGGAGAAGAGAGGGUGACUCAUAUCUCUGUGAUAUGCCAAGCCUCACAUUCACACAUUUACAGGCAUGUACACACACACACACACACACACACAAGCUCCUACAGGCUCUGCUGUUCUGUCACUUUGUAUUAAUUCAGCACACAGCAGGUCCAGUCAGAGAGGAGGGGGAUGGAGGGAGGAGGAGGAGGAAGAGGAGGAGGAGGAGGAGGGGUGAGGCUUUGAACAGUGAAUGGCAGCGAGAAAGAGAGACAGAAGAUGAAGAAGUUUGAACUCGCAGACUUCUUUUGUCCCUCCUCCUCACAUCACACGUUGUCUGACACAGUUCCCAUGUGUUUGCCGCCGCGAUGAUGCCAACACAUUUUCUCGACAGAUGGAGAAAGACAAAGAGCCCAGACACAGAAGCUCAUGUUGACUUAAGAAAACACUGUAGAAUCAGGCUCUUCACAAAUUUCUUACACGUUUCUCCUCGAUUCAUACGGCUCAGAAUCAUCAGUUCAGCUCAGAUGGAGCGGAAAUCCGUGUAAAUGAUGACAUACUGUACAUUACAGAUCCUCUCUGUUUCCUGGAGAUUUAAAACACACUUCCUGGUUUUCAUAGAAUCAUCGAUUGCUCAUUUGACAAAUUAAUCUAUUAAUGGAUAAAAGAAAUACUGGACACGGCAUCAUUAUUGUCUGAUUCAGAGCCUAAACCAAGCCUCUGUGGUCCAUCAGGAUGAUUUUUUCAAGGCCCAAGAUCACACUGAAGAUGGCGAGUAUGGCUUUAAGCGGUAUGAUGUAAACACAGCUCUGGGCAUGGAUGUCAUAAUGAAUCGGGUUGUUGAACCAGCAGAGAAAUGUCAUGGCAUUAAUCACAUCAUGACCUCAGAGAUCAUUUCAAAGUCUGAAAAAAACAAACACCUCAUCUCUGAAACUUCUCACCUGUAGUGGAUCACUCAGUGGCUCAAACAGCGUACUUUACAUCCUUGAGGGUCAUUUCCAACCACAAAGCUCUGCACACUUUUGGGAGAUUUACUCCCAAGUUGGAUGGUCAUCACUUUAAACCUGCACUUCUGUGGAGUUUCGCAGCUCAAGGCAGAAUAUUUACGAUUAUUUCUUAAUUGAAAUGCAAUCAGACCGAGACGCUAAGGCAGAAGAACUACCGCGUCUGCAGUGCAAAAUGAUUAAUAUGAUGAUUAUUACUUCAUGGAAAUGAUCCGCUGCACUCGGUGAUCGACUCGUCAGGGCUCCGCCGCCGGUUGAGGUUUUCCUGUGGAGACGUAGACCGCUGUGUAUUGCUAUCCUGUGGUCGUUACUCAAGUUGGUAUAACCAGAGAAUCAAGUGGUUGGCAAAAUUCAUCCCUGGAGGGGGGGUCUAACUCAGUGUUACGGCGUGUUUGACCCUAACUUAAUUAUACGCCGCAUUAUUCCUUUAAUCUGUUAAAGUUAAUGGGGGUUGUACUUAAACGGCCUUCUCUUGCUGCUUCCUCUCCAACCACUCUCCAGCUCCAUCUUGCUGUGUCUGAUCUCUCCAGUGUUAUACAUCUUGUCGCUGAUGUUUGCUGCUGGUGCUCUCCUCCACAUAAUCUUAUCCCGCUUUGAGUUUGCAGAACUUUGUGUUCAGUCUCCAACAUACAUGAGUGAAACUCCAGCAUCACGUUCAUCUUUGCCCCACCUGACUUUUAGCCCCAGCCUGUCUCGUGGGUGGCAUCCACUUGGGCUGGGCAAUAUGGCCUCGAAUAAACAUCAUGAUAUAUUGAUCAGUUCACCUCGAUAACGAUAAAUGGACGAUAACUACUCCACAGGCUGCUCAUCCCCUCCCACGUGAACUUCAUCUACUUCAGCCGCUCCCACUUUUGAACCGUCCUCCAUCUCCUCACCUGUCUUUACCUCUUUGUUACGGACUGGAUGGGGUGGAGUCACGUCUCUGACGUAGGACAGCGUCUUAAAGGGACAUGAGACCAUAGCCUACCUACACACAUCCAAAACCAACUUUUAUUUAUUAUUUUUUUGACACUGAAUAUAUUGACAUGGGCAAAAUGACGUCGGUUAUUGUUGUAAAUUUUGGUAUCUGUAAAUUUUCAGUUUGUCGCCCAGCCCUAGCAUCCACACACAUGUUCGGCCUCUCCCGUCUCUUCUGCUGCAGACUCUCCUGAAUCAAAAUAAUUACUGUCCGACACCCAGAUCUCCGAAUGUGUUAGUACCGCCCUCUGAUAUGACAUCCUUGCAGUCUGAAUAAGACAUUUCGUGGGUGGACAGGUGACCUGGUGGGAAAAUGUUGUAAAAGGAAGAGCCGAGUGAUGAAGAUUAAAGAUGGGAGAGUCUGUUUUAGACUCCAAACAGACGGUCUCCACCUCUUUGUCUCAGCGCCAGAGUGCCACAUUAAUUUUGCACACUAAAUCUCCAUCCGGAUCGUGGUGGGCCUAAAUUAGCAGCAGCACCAUCAAAGGCCGGAGGAUGAUUAAUAUUUUUUGACUGGUGCUGAUAGAGGCCCAGAUGGGACGAGGAGGUGAUAAGAAGAGUAAUGAUCAUCAUCAGAGAUAGACAAGAGGGUGGGUCUCUGAAAAAAGGGGAGGUCCAGUUCGACAUUAAUCACUCUUGAUUAGACUUCUUACCACAAUGUAUGUUCAGAUCAAGGAGUUUGUGUAGGUUUAUCGGCUUAACACGGCAGUCGACCGCCCAAAACAUCUGAGACGAAUGUUUUUAGUAUUCAAAGCAGGAGCCCAUUUCUUUGGGAAGACUUAAAAGCAUCUAUUAGUGUAAAUCCAAGUUUGAAAGAGCCUAAAUCCUGAGCAUACACCGACUGAUUCAUUAAAGAGGAGAGCAGCAGCGGUGCAGUUUUACUCUGCAUUUCUUAAACAUGCCCUCAGGGAAAGGAACAACACCGCAUUUAAAGCUACAUGUGUUAAGUUAAAUCAGCAGUUUAGCUCCGAGGCAAAGGUUUAAAAGCAGGUUUGGCAUGGUAAUAGUUAGUUAAGCACCACUCAGGGCCAACUGCAAUGCUGCUAUUGAUCAUGACAUCUGCAUUCAGUUUGCACAAACACAGGACUGAUGCUGCCUGAUCAAUACGCAGCAUGGCCGUCAGUCUGUUAUGCUUUUUAACUUUUGCAAAGGUUUUUAACAGGAAUGAAGAAAUGCUCUAAGAAAGGGAGAAAGGGGAGGGCAAAAUGGCUAGUACUUGAGGUGUUUUGGUUGUGUUGUUGGGUCCAAAAUGGCUUUGUGAAAGAGGAACUGUGCUUUUUUGUAUUUUACUAACAGAUAUGAAGUUUAAAUGUUGGGUAAAAGUUUCAAAAUGUGAGGUAAACGUGUGUUGGAGUGAUGAGGCUGCAGGUUACUCAAUACAGAUUUGCUCAGUUUGGUAAAUGUUGAGCAUUAAGAGGCCCAAAACAUGCUGCCAUGGUUCAUAAUUUGGUAUUUCAAACACUAAAACACAACCUUUAGCAUGGCAGCAGUGGAGGAGACUUCUGGAGUGCGGCAUUACGAUAUUCUUAUGCAUCUGCAGAGUCAGAUACUGCAGGUUCAGGACCUGUGUUUUGUUGCAACAGUUACGGCUCAGGGUUUCAGUUGAUGCAUGUAAAGCUGCUACAAAGCGAAGCUAUCAAAAGGACAUUGGAGAGCUUGAAAAUAAACCUCACUUGGUAAGAUUGCAUCAGGUGACAGUCAGGAAAGAGGCUGUAAGAUAACCCUCGUGGGCAAAUGCGCCCAAAUUAAGUACAUCCCCUUAUAAAGUGCUUGUUAUAUUUACUUACAGACUAACAUUAAGAAUCCCUACAGAGAUAUGCAUAUUUUUUAGACGUUGUGUUUUGAACAUAAACAUAGUUAUGAAGCGUCCUUUAAAGUCCCCUAACUCUGUCCAAAAUGAAGUUCUUUCGCCUUGACCAGUUGGUUUUGUUGUGUCGUGGUUAGUUUAAUCUGCACUGAAACACUGAAAGUCAUAAAACAGCACAAACAAACAAAGCAAAUGGAGACAUCAGCGGGUCGGCUACUCCUGUGAUCUGCAGGAAAAGUACUUUUCUUUAAUAAUGGAGGCUUUGAAAAGAGGAAUACAGAGGCUGUUUUAACUUCAGAAGAGGCAUCAUACUUUUUAUCAAUAAGACCUGUCUGUGCAGAGGGAAUCCUCUCUGUAACGUUGUCAGACACUUUGAGUCACAAAAAUAGUGAACGUAGCCUCCCUGACUUCCCCCAACCUUCAGUUCUGCAUUUUGGACUCUACUAUCUCAGUAGUUUGGAGGCAAUGUUAGAGGAUGGAGUUGAUAUAUUUCUAAGACCAUACAGUAUCAUAUGAUAUAGAUUCUGGUAGGAUUUGCUGGGCAGACACCAAUUCACAGAAGUGACCCCCAGCUCAGGCAGGUAGAGGUGAGACUGAUUAGGUCAAGGAUCUUCAUAACACUCUGAGUACGUGAUCAUUUUUUGCUUUUGCUUUGUGAUGCUGUAGUCAGGAUGGAGAAUCUCUGCUGUCCAUGAGGAAUCGAUGUAUACACUAUAAUAUACUGUAUAUAUACCGAGAGUCGGAUGUGAGGAGCUCAGUGUCACAGAUCAACAAUCAUCUGACAGCUGUGGAGACCACAGGCUGUCUCCGAGAUGAUACGCUGUCAUCCCUGAUGUGACAAGCACACCUGCGGUCUAACUAGGCGCUGCACAGGCUAUCACAUGCAGUACGUGUGGAAACGUUCACACCUCUGUCUGUGGAAAUGUGUGGCGCCCGUUUGUUUCAGGGGAUCGCUCCAACUUGUCAGACACAGGGAAGCACGAGGUCCAUUACUGUCAGCAGCACAUUGAGCUGUAACCUGCCAAAACCUUUGUGCUCCUACUGAGCGCCUCAUCUGUGCAGGGUGCAGGAAGCCUUUCUGUGACUGAAACAAAAUGACAUCCGCCCACAACAUCCUCGCCAUGCAGCACAAGUUUUUCAGCUCCUUUUCAGCCGGGUAUGGGAAUCUAAAUUCAGAUCUGCGGCGCAGAGAAUGAAAUAAAAUGAGAUGUUGUCCUCGGAUUCCAAACAGACAAAAAUAUGACCAUCUUCUCAUUAGCAUGUUUGUGAGUAUUUGCUCUAUGAAUCAUCUGAAUCAGCAGUAUGUGCACACAAACAAGGAGUCUGGAGUUGUUCUCAGUGUUUCUGCAUGAAAAUUUACAUGAAGGUAGAAAUAGACACAAAAGAGAGCAGCAAUAAUAACAGAAUAAUAAUAAUGCAUAAAGGCGUGUGUAUUAAUACUCAUGCGCUGCAUCCUUUAGAGAUACCGCUGUAUUGAUUUCCUAACAGACAGACUUGGAUAUCACCCCACUGAGGACCGCACUGAGUGCAGCUCCAGCAUUCCAAUGAAUUAUAUUGUGCUACUUCAAAACAAAUUCAGUGCCAUUAUAAACCCGAGCCAUGCAGGACACGGCUUUUUACUGCUCCAGGAGGCACAUCAGGAUUAACUGCAACACGCUUUAUGGCAUUGUAAGGUUCGAUUUGUGAAAUAAACAAGCAGCUAAGUGAUCAUCAGGUGCGAUUAGACCAACUGUGGCUCCAGGGUCAAACGGGCAGAUAUGGUUUGAUUGAAACAUUCACGCUAACAUUUGUAAUGUCUGAUUAACUCAUGAUGCAUAAUAAACCGUACAAACCUGAUUCUCAACUGAACUGAAUAACACUUUGCAAUACGAAGCACUUUUGGAGUCAGCUCCUAGUGGUCACUCGAGGAACUGCAGCUUUUUUAAUCAGAAACGAGCCAUAAAUUCUGUGAUAUUUUAUAUUUGCAGAAAGAGUUUGCUGUGAUGGUAAUGAGAAUACAAUAGAUGUGCAGAAUCAGCGACCCGUGCAAUAACUUGUGCAAACUGGAUAAAUCUGUCUUUUCAAUGCUCUUAUUUCUGAAUUCUCAGCAACUUCUGUGCAUUACUCAAAAAAUACUUUCUGUCUGAUUUAUUUCAAAUUGUUUCUUCCUUAUUUAUUUGAUUUUAUUUUCUCUAAGGCCUUAAAGCUGCCCUCUAAACGGCUCAUGUCCCUGACUUAAAACAAACAAAAUCCGUCUUCUGAUUUACUAAAACACAAACUGUUAAAACUCAUCAUGGUUUUUUAUUUUGUGAUUUAAGUGCAAAGAUAAGUUAACAUUAAAACAGGCCUGAGUGACGGGUCUUCAUUCCUCCUGUAAGUGAAGUGUGUGGACCAAUCAAUGCCCUUAUGUGUCCCUUCAGCAGGUAACAUAAAUCAUACCUGCACUCUCACCAGCUUCGGCUCUCUAGUCACACAAGACAAACUGUAAGUCUCAGCGUGAGUGUAAGAGAGUGAGACUAUGGAUUUAUUGAUUAAACUCACACCAGCAGUGCUUUAAUCUCACAUCUCCUUCUCAUUAGAGGAAGCCGAAGCAGACAGAGAGUGGUAUGGAUCAGGCCAGUCAUCAGAAUUAGAGCGUGUGGGCUCAGCAGAGAAGGAAACGAGUGGAGAGAAGAACGAGGAUUGUCUGUCAUGCUUGGUCAAAAAUGUUGAAGUUUUAAUGUCACUUUGAAAUAGAGAGGCAGUGAAGGGCUGAAGGUUUACUCUGAGUUCAUGUUUGUGUAAGAAAUAAAUAAAAAUAUAGCUUUGACACUUAAUUAUCUAAAAUAGUGACACUUUUGUAGUUUUAGAAAGGGCUUAAAGGUGUUGUAGUCAGGAUCUGAUGAAGUUCCAGUUUUUAGGAGAAAUCUUGAAUGUAAACUCUACCCCUCCCAACCAGUUUUCCCCUCAGCUCCUCCUCUCCCCUCAAGCCCCGCCCACAAACAGACGCUCCUGCUCGCUCGUAUCGUUCCAAUUAAAUUCAGAUAUAAUGCAGAUAAAUCCUUCAGAUAAUUACAAAUGGGGCCCAGUCAAGGUGAAAGUCAAAAGCAUUGGUGCUACUGUAGAUGCCAACAGACUACCAACAAACACAAUGUUUGCAGGACUUCUACAACGAGGAUAAAGUGACAUAGUCCAGGACCCGAGGGAGGACAGUUUAGCGAUGGCGCUACAACACGCUACAGCAGGUCCGUUUGACAAGAAACACUUCUGUUACAGACACUUGUCUUACUUUGUUAAAGCGGUUUACCUGUCCAGCAGAAAGGUUACAGGGUCACCAAGAUCCCCAAGCGUCCCCCAUGGUUUAUGUUGACCCGGCUUUUUAGCUCUUGCCUGGCUUUUUAAGCGCCCGUUAUUCCUCCAGAGUCUCCGGUAUUUACUUUGUUUUCUUGCUUGUGUCGGCAGUCGUGGCCAAAGGAGGAUUCAGACAAUUUUCCGAACUUUCUGGUUGGUUUCUACUGUCCGAUAUUGUAGCACGCUAACUUUGUUUGGGCUCCUGAACGACACGGGGGAGCAGCGUCUGCCUCACAACCAAUCAGGUUAGAGGAGGUGGAGAACGGCUUUGUUUACAGUCAGAAAUCAAAUGUCAAAUGUCAUCAAUAACUAAUCGCUAUUGACUGAUAUUAAAAGCUUUUUUGUUUAUACAUCACAAAAAAAGAUCCUUCUUUAACGGAUUCCUGCCUACCCUACUGUACCUUUAAUGAGAGUUGACUCACUUUUGGAAGCUGCCUCAAGUGGCCAUAUAAAGCACUGCAGUUUUAGCCCUUCUCGACUCUUUGCUUUAGAGAGGUUUGGUCCUUUUUGUGAGUCUGGUGUUGCAGAUAUAUCUUGAUAUUGCACAAAAGACAAGAAUACAAACACCAAGACUUUCUUCUGAGUGAAAUAAUUUGAGAUCCACAGACUGGAGGGUUUGUUUGCAGCUCAGGAGGGAGAUAUCAGAGUCAGUUCUGAUUACAUGCAGGCACCGUCUCCUCCUCUCCAGUCUGCUCCCUGUAGCUCAGAGUCUGUCACUUUUUUUUUUUUUUUUCCAGACAGGCAAAUUAAUUUCAUCCCUGUUUGUUGUAAGUGAGCUCCACCUGCUGGCAGAGAUCUGAGACUACAGGCUGUGACCCUUCAGUGGCCUCCUCAGAUCAAAACCCUCCUGUUUUUCUCACAAGUAUGUUGACUCACUUUCAUCCCUCCAGGAUGCUGACGCUGUUAUCUGUGCCGGCAUUUUUUUUUCUUUCAUUGUUGUAGCGUCUAAAUUUAGCACAGAGAACGAGAAUCAGCAUUGAGAUGUCUCACUGAGCGCUGUUAUCUCUCACUGUAGAUGGAAAAAAAAGAAGAAAUUUGUGCCUUUUGAGACUGACAGCACGGUUUCAUUCAGUCUUUUUCACCACUAUCGUACUUUAAUUAAAGACUGAAAUCUCUCUUGGUUGUGCAGAUAGUGAUAACAAGAGUUUUAGGAAAAUUUAGCCUGUGACUUUAGUUGUCAGAUUUCUCAUUUUUAUUUGUUUGAUUUGAUGAGACUCAUUCUCAUUUUGUUUCAGUGGGUGGUGUAUUCACGGAGACGAGUUGGUUGUCAAAACACAAUGAUGGCUCUUAUGAAUAAAUAAAAAAUGUGCCACUGAAUGAAAGUGGGUUGUCAUGUCAUCCAAAGGCAGAGCUGGUCCAAAGCAUAUGCGAACUAAGCCUCUGCUCAGGGCCCCACAGCCAGUAGGGGGCCCCCCGAGAGCAAUCAAAAAAAAAAGUGUAUUUUUUAUUUUUUGCAUGUAUGAGUGAACUUUCUGUAUGAUCAAAUAUAUAUUAUUAAAGUAUAAACAUUUUAGUGCUGCUGCUGAUGUAGGCCUAUGAUUCUUACUGCCGAUAUGUCAAAGCUCUGCUACCAUCAUGUGCCUUUUUGAGAUUAAAAACCAUAUGUGGCACCCUGAAUAUCAUUGAUCAGUCAUUCAUUAGUAUUAUUUGUAUGGUUGCAUUGGUAUUAUUUAUGUUAUUACCUCGGCCACCCCCUUAAAUGUGUAAAGACAUGUCAGGCACAUUAAAUUUAUACUGUCGUAGGUGUGUGAAUGAUCAACAAUCAUUAUUGGCAGAAAUAGAGGGCCCCAAAAUCGAAUUUUGCUCUGGGCUCUAUUGAGGCUUGGGCCGGCUCUGUCCAAAGGUCUUCUCAGAAAAAAUAAACAAAAGGAUGUCCACAGGUCUAAUACAAGAAUACUCUCACUGCUAACGUCAAAAGAUUGGAAAAUAAGUAAGAAAUAAAAAUUAAAACAUAUGAUUGUAAACAAGGCAUGAUACGCUGUAAGUAGUUUUUUGUUCAUUGUUGUAAAAGGAUAGAAAAAAAUCUCACUAAUGAAACUUAGAGAAAAAAAUGGAUAAAUGAUGGUUGAGUAUGUAAAGACCUUGUGGUUUAAUAUUGAUUUUGGCGCCCCCUGUCGAUACAGCCAUUGAUAAAUCAGGUCUGUUGAAUAGUUUUGAAGCACAUUUGAAGAUAAAGUUUGCUGUCAAAAAAUAACAUAUAUGUCUGUCAGCAUCAGGUGUACAUUAUCAGGUAGUUUUAGGUCUUUUAUUUACAGUGAAACCUAAAAACAGCGGAUUGUAAUUUCUGUCAAAUACAUAGACUGUAUAUAGAAUAGUGUAAAUAUACCGUAUGCAAUAGCUCAGUCUAUGGUCAAAUACCUCACCGCAGAGAUUAAAGUGAAAACAUGAAAAUAAUCACCUCUACCUCUGUUGGUCGAACUCCGAAAGGUCAUCAUCUGUUUGUAGUAUUAAGACGUGGCAAUUGAAGUGUCGUUGUUGUACUCGGUCAUUUGAAUUCCGGUUAAAAUCUAAAUCUCCCGGUUCUUCGUUCUCAUUGGUUCCCAUCGCGAAGAUGACACGCAACAGUGAGCCAUGAUUGGCUGAAUCCGGAGGAGUAAACUGUGUCAAAACCCGUAAAUGAGGGAGACAAAAUCCGGAAGUUUGAAAAGCUUUCUAAAUAAAGUAAAAUAUAUUUUCUAAAAUUCUUAUUUGGAUUUAGAUAAACAUCAUAUUUACCUUUAAAUAAUGUAUUUUUAUUGAUAAAAGUAAAACUUCACAUGCUUUGCUACCUAAAAUAUUGAACUUUGAUUCCACAGUGUCGCAUAUUAAUAAUUUACUUAACAGUUAAACUGAGUUCCUAAACUAAAUUGUAAUAUUUAAUAAUAAUAACGAUGACUUUAUUUUUAUGGCACUUUUAAAAACAGAGGUUUACAAAAUGAGACCGGAAGGACCAAAAUAAAAACAAAAAUUUUUAUUUAUUUUCGCAGUGAGAAACUAUUAUUUUAAUUUAAUUUAAUUUCUUCCAUUGUGGCUUUUUUCUCUUUUUUUUUACCUGCACCAUUUAUUUUUUUAUUUGCAGCGGGCUUCGGUGUCUUUAUUUAUUUAUUUUUUUUGCAUCAGUAACUUCCAAUAUGUUUUUUUUUUUGUUGUUGUUGUUUUUGGAUUCUUUUUUAUUUGUAACAGUGGCGGUUCUCGGCCACCGUACACUGGUAAUAUGUGCUUUUAUUUUGUAAGAUCAAACCGGAAGUGUAGGUGUUACUGUGGCUGUCUUGUCAGUAGUGGACAGCUCUGUCCGGACUCCGUAAACCAGUUGAAAUCGCUUCACUGGACCAGAGGGUUAGAGGGUCGACCACCUCUGCGGUUCAGCGUCUGAACAUGGCGGGCUUUGGAGGCGAAGUGAUGCGGUCAUGGUCCGGGUCCGGAUCUUUCAACACCACCGGGUCUCCAUCUGUAGCUGUACCCGAGUCUGAGGAGCAGAAACCGAGGAAGCGGAGAAGGGCUUUCUGCCUGACCAGGAUCAAGACCCGCAGCAGCAGCAGCAGCUCUGGAGGAAAGCCUCAGCAGCAUCAGCCCGGAGCCGCCAACAACAACAACAACAUGCCGUUCAUGAUCCACUGUCAGAUCGGCAAAGAGAUCAAACACAUCUGCAGCAACUGUCGGGGAGCAGAACCGCAGCAGGACGGUGAGGAGACCCGGUUCGGUUUACUGCCACAGGGUCAGAGGAGGUGUUUGACUCCUCUGAUUUUACUUUAUCAUUAUUAUUACUCUCAUGUGUCGGUGACCGCUCCCUGUCUGUCUGUCAGCUUGGGGGAAUCUGCUCCACAGCCCCGGGAUCAGGUCCUGAAGGUCCGGUACACCAGAUUCUGGUUUUAUGAAGGUUUUUACUGAAGUCCGGAAGACAAAACCUACUGGAUCCGGAUCUGAAUCUGCUUUAAAUGUGCUGCUUAUGAUCAUAGUUUUGAGCUGUGGUGAAUAGACACCCUUUCCUUAUUGAUUUAUGAUAAUUUUACCUCCUAAAAAGACUUUUAUUUUUUAUUUUUACAACAGUCAAAAUUAUUGUAAUUUAAAUUAAAAACCAAACUAAAAAGUAUGUGGCGUUUUGUCCUCAUGACAUACAUGAUUUAAACCUUGAACACUAUCACUAAAAUUAGUCAUUUUGAUUUGAUUUGAUUUUUACACAAAAUCCUUGUCAUCAAAAUAUAUCACAAUAGGACAAUACACAACAAAUUAAAGUAGUUUUCUUUUAUGUGUGUAAUGUCCAAAUGGAGGAGGGAAAAGUGCCAUGAGGGGACCAAAUUAGGCAUUGAUUGUGUGGAUAAGUACGAUGUAUGUGGUUUGGGGGCAAAAUAAAAAUGAUAAUGAAGAAAAACUAAUAAGCAACACGAGAGAAAAUAAGAUAAAAUAAUAAUUGUAAUAAUAUUAACAACGUGUAUUUUGUAUGUAUAUGUGUAUCCGAAUGUGUUUCCACUUUUAAAAUUGGUUUCUAGUUUUUUAAAUCGGUGACCUAUUGCGGCCUCGUAACCGUUCCCACUGAGCCAUGUUGAUUGAUAAUCUAUGACCCGGGCAUUUGUUUGAUUGAUUUAAUUAGAAAGUCCGUCAGGCUGUUUCCAACCACAGAUCAAUACAGUCAUGUAGAAGAUGGAUGCUCUAAAUCUGCUGCCUGGUCAACCUCAGACACGUAAAUCUGAUGCAGACAUCUUUGUCACUGCUCCUUUAAAUAGGAUUAAAACCACAAGAAUAACCGAUCCAAACGGACCAGAACCCGGGUUAGUCAUCUGAUGGAGGGGGACGCUCGAGGCCUGGCAGCGGCGUCUCUGGUCCUGCUGUUUUGAGCUUGUUGUGGAGUGAGUCAGUUGAGGUAAACAGACCCUGAGGUCUGACUGAAAGAAUGUCUCCCAGCAGUGCGAGUCUGAUUCAUCGGAGUCAGCGCUGCAGAGGCUGCACACCUGGAUUCUGUUCACGACAUAUGAGGAGAAGUCGAGAAGGAGCGAGAAACGCCUGUCAGAGUUCAGGCUGACAUGUUCAGACCAACCAAAGUUGACAGUGGUGCAAAUACACAAGUUUUCUACUCGGCUUUCUGCAGUUCGAGCUGAAGUGACUCCUUGAAUUGAGAUUUAAAACACUAAAAAAAGUUUCCAGGGAGAAACUCUUCCUGUGUUUGUUCAGGUCUCAGGGAUCUUCACACCAAGGUGUUACACACAGAAACCACAGAGUGAAGCUGCUGUUCACAGAGGAGGGGAGGUGGAGAGGGGUUAGAGAUGUUGUUGUUGAAGGGGGGCCUCUCCAUCGUAGCUGCUGAGCUGGUGUAGAUCUGAACUGACAUCUCUGUGGUAACAAGACCACCUCAACACUGACCCCUCCUCGUCUGGAACUGCUGACUGCUUUACAUCGGUUGUUUUUCCCCUCCUCUCUUAUGUCUUGUUUUUAUUUGGGGGGUCCUCCUCUUCUUGGAAAUUGUUGGUUUGAGACAAUUUGGCUCAAUGUAGGAACUUUAUUUUGAAAGGACAAACUUUAUAUCUCAGGAAAUGACAGCUGACAAUCCUGGAUGAUGAGAGGGACCAUUAAACUCAUGUGGAUCUCUGUGGUUUAAGUGGACCAGCUGUUGUAGUUGAGGCAGAUGAGGCAGGGUGACUUGGUCUUGGGUCCAAAACUUCAAGCAUGGAUAAACCGGCUUUUUUAUGUGCUCCAUAUCUUCUGUAUGAAGCAGCUCGACUGCAUCUGUGUACAUCUCUUUCCAAACUUAAUGCAUUGAGAAGUUAUCCUCCUUCUGUUUGCUGCUUUUUAGUGAGUGUUUGCGGUCUUGUGCAUCUCUUAGUGAGACACAUUUCCCCACUCAGCUGCAGGCCUCUGUUUGAUAUGUUAAAAUGUAGAUGUAGAUGCUGUUGAUCUAAUUUUUAAGUUUUAGGUUGACUUUGUGGUCGUCAGCUUCCAUCGGUUUGCAGGACAACCUCAAAAACAACCCUACAACUAUCAUAAAACCUCAAUCAAGGACUAAGAGGAACAUUUUUCUGUCUAAAGGAUGUGGCUUGGAUCUGAAAUCUCUACCAGAAGCCAGAAAAUCUUAUUUUCUGAGAUCAUGUUGUAGAUAUUUAUCCAUUAAAGUGACAGGAAAUGUGCCGGUUAGUGUAAGGCAGCUGCUCUCUGCUCAUAACAAACUGAAUUAUAAGAUUACAAUCAUGUUGCACAGCUUCGAUCACCUGAAGUAAACUUGCUGCAGUUUUGAUUUGAGCAACCGGACAGCACGUGUAAUCUCUGAGUGCUUUCUAGUCCAUGUUUUGUCACUAAUCUGAGCACCUACUGCUGUUAAAGUACUGUAUUUGUGUGUGUGUGUGUGUGUGUGUGUGACCCAAAGUGCUCUUUAUGUACUGUAUAUAAAAAUAAUCAAAUCCUCUUUAUCACACUGGAGUGUUCCUCUCCGAUCUGCCUGCUGCGGGUGUGUAUUCCUGGACUCGUCUGUUGUGUGUCUGUGGGUUUGUUUUAGCGCUCCUCUGUGUUUACAUCCUCUCCUCCUGCCUGCUGGAGCGUCUGCCUCCCCCUGUUUCUUAUUCAUCCCCUCUGCCUCGGGCCUCAUGCCCUCGUUGUGUAGAGUCGAUGUUGUGUGUAAUGGGACAGGUGUAAUUCCAAAUGGAAAACCGGAGCUCGUUGUAUAGAAACCGCCUCCAGCCAGAAUCCUUUCAAACGACUCCCUGCGGGUUCACGACAAAACCUACAGCUCGGAGUCACACAGGAUGGGAAAGGUGGAGGAGGGAAACUGGAAAAGUUGUUUAUUCACCUCCUGUUUCUCCAUCUUUCUCCCUCGCUGAUGCUCCUCUCCGGAAGUUUUUUUUUUCUCCAUCUUAUGUAACUGAGAUUAAAUGCGAUCCAAACAGACCCACCUGACUUGAUUAUGCACAGCCCUCUGGGAGUUUGUGUCCCCUGACAUUUGAGUCACACACCAGUGAUCAUCUGUUUUUCUAAACUGUUGGUUGAAGACGGCCAGUAUCUCAGUAAACAUGCAGCAUGAGCAGCAGAGAGUCAAAAAGGAGAACAAAAUACAACCAGAGAGGUUUAUUACUCUAUGCACAUGAAUAUAAUCAUCAUUGAUUAUUAUUAUUAUUAUUAUUACUAUUGAAUUUCCCUUCAGGGAUCAAUAAAGUUCUUCUUCUUAUAGUCUUGUGUUUAACCUGUGGAUUUAUGUAAAAUGUCUUCACAUGUUGGUCUGGUUUACAGCAUCUCUGACAUUAAGGGCCUCACAGGUGAAUUUAUGAUUGAUUUCAUGUGAAAACUGUGUAAAUAAUAGUAAAGUAUAUAAACACAGAAUGCUCCUAUAUGGUAAAAUGCAUGAUGAGUGUCAUUAGCACCGCCCUGCAGGGUUGUGAUACUGCAGGGAAAUGAGGUAAGAUUAUUUAAGUUAAAAUAUUAACGAUAUAUUUUCUCCUACCUUUUUUUAAGAAGGUGUAAAACAUCAAAUAUUCAAGUUUCAGAAGCUGCAAACAGAAACUCCUGUAUGUAAAGCAGCGAGGAAAGUCUUUUCUUGAGUCUUGACCUUCUGUUUGGGCUGUACAGUGAAGGGGAUUUUAGAGCUGGAAAGACUCUUAUUUUGUAGAUGUUACACUGAAAUACUAAACCAUAUGGAAGAGGAUGGUUUUGUACACACAUUACUUUGUUUAACAAUGUGCAGUAAUUCCUUUUCUGCAUCUGCACAAGUCCUGAAUUACUACAAAAAUUUUCUCUUCUGCAUUUUACAUACCGUCAGUUAAAAGUUUGCACAGUGAUGCACCGACUGAUACUGUAUGUAAGUGCCGAUUUUUCUGUGACAAAUUCAUAUCCACAAAAAUGAAUAUCAACUCAAAUGUGCAGAUGGCUGAGCGGGUUAGUGCGCCUCAUACAUGUGGACCAUGGUCCUCAUGGUGGUCGUGGGUUCAAGUCCAGCCUUGACCAUUUACUGCAUGUCCUCCCCCCUCUCUCUGGAUCUCCCACAAAUCACCCCCCAAAAAUGAACAUGAACCAGAGCUGAAUGUUUGCACAGUAAAAGACAACAGCUCCUUUUCAACCUGCACUGCACUUCUGAAAAUUUCUGAAGAUCAUUUACAGCGAGCAAGGAUCCACGGUGAUGAAGUUGGUGAGGAUGUUGUGAAAAGUUUCAUCUCAGCGGCCAGUUUGUUUGAAAACGAGGAAGAAAGAGACGCGUUUUAUUAUUUUGAAGAGGAAAUUCAGUGUAUGCACUUUGAUAUUUACCAUGAAACACACAAAUAAUGUUUGAGGGACUUUCUGAUUCGACGUGGAAGUUCCUGAGAAUACCAGGGCCUGAAAGUCCCUGAAGGACCUGGUUAAAUCAGGACUACAUGUUUCAGAGGGUUUUAGAGGAUAAGCAGCUGAUCAAACUGGUGCUGACUGAUUUUUGAUUGAUUAUGUGAUCAGUUUAUUAUCACAGCUGUAAGCAGUCAUGUACUUUGUUACUCUGCUGAUGUCGUGUCAGAGGUAAAACGAGAAGUGCAUCACAGACAUCGCAGACCUUUUUUGUUUACCUGCCUGCUAAUGAGCUUCUUCUUCUUCUUCUUCUUCUUCUUCUUCUUCUUCUUCUUUUCCAGCUGAGGAAGUGGAGAGGUUGGCAGCGAUGCGCUCCGAUUCGCUGGUUCCAGGCACACACACGCCUCCCAUACGGCGGCGGAGCAAAUUCGCCACCCUGGGACGACUGUUCAAACCCUGGAAGUGGAGGAAGAAGAAGAGCGAGAAGUUCAAACAGACCUCAGCUGGUGAGAACAGAGAACAUUACCCCCGUUAUCAGGCCUCCUCUGCUCCUCUCACCUCCCUGACACACAGGUGAUAAAUGUCAGGGCGGUUAUGAACGGCUGCUCAGAGCUGCAGGUUGAUGUAGAGCUGCAGCAGACAUCGACAGAGUAUGACUGUGAUUAUGUAAGGCUGCUGAAACACCAGGAGGCUGCAGGUCAGCUGCUCCUGCUUCACUAACAGGGUGUAGCUCUGAGAAAUCUGCUCCUGACCGCACACUUUGGUUUUAUGGAGCUGCAGAGCGAUUCAGAUGAACGUGAUGAAAGCUCAUAAAUCAUGAUUAAUGCUCAGCUGCAAAUCAAAAUAACUGACAGGAUCGUGUCGACUAAUGAAAGUCUCUGUUAAAGCAUGAAGCCUCAGGAGUAAAAAAACAAUUAAAGUUGAUAUUGUUGGAGAAAAAGGAGAUAAAAAUGGAGAUUUUCUGACAUGAAUCUGUGGAAACCUUCAUUCUCAUCACUCCUGUCCGAUUUAUUUAACCUGCUGAAACUGACGGAGUGAUGAGAUGAUAUCCUCAACCCUCUUUAAAUGGAGCCUGUAAAGUUCCAGAGAUGUUGCAGCUUAAACCGACUUCCAAAUUUGGAGGAUGUGAUCAUCAGAUGACUGUGAGAAUGAAGCUUGACGAAUGUGAAACUCACUUUAAUCGAGAAAUUUAAUAAGAUUAUAUUUUUUUAGAUUUAUUCUCGAGCCAGAAAGUCUUUUCAGAGUGAUUCGACCAGCGGGUUUUUCUUGGAGGACUGUGAAUAAAAGAGGAAUAAAGAGUCACCUUCUGCUUCUUAUACCUGCCUCAGACAUUUAACGGCUGUUAAUUACUGCAUCCACCAGAGACACAAACACAGCAGCUGUAAAGAAGGUGAUAAUAAAGGUUAACUACAGCGACAAAUUAGCUUUAAACCACGACUAUAAAUGAAUGAACUUUUCCCUCCGGAGUGAUGUUAGCCUCGUAUCAUCACACUAGUUGGUUUAAGCACAUAUGACUCUCAGAAGCAAUAUGUUCAGCGCAGAGAGCCGCGAGAUCGAGGGGAGCGUCUAAUCCGUGAGCUGUUGUUGUUUCUCAGCUGGGUCUGACAUCCUGUUCUCAGCGAGAGACGCAGCAGAGAGGCGACGAGAGGCUUCCUACAGUCAAGCUGUUCUCCCAGCUGUCCCAGCGGGUCACUCAAACCUGCUUCCUGUCUCUGUAUGCAAAUAAAACACAGAAUACAGUGUACAGUCGGCUCCUGCACACAGGUAGAUACACGCUGAGAGCGCCAUGUGUCACUGCUGGACUCCUGCCACCGCUCUGUCCAGGAGGAUUAAAUCACUCAUCGGGGUCUUAAACCAUGAAGCAGUCCCUCCUUAUCGAGGAAAUACUGUCUUUGAUUCAGGAGUAAGAAAGAGCAGAUCUUCACUGUUUAUAUCCUCCAUGAGGGCGAGUCUCAGAUCUGUUAUUUUACAUCUGUUGUUUCCACGCUGACCUGCUUUUAUUUCCUCCCUUCAUUGUUGAUUCAGAGUAACAGGAACUUAACGCUUUAUUCCCAGAAUGCCUCACAUUAUUCUCCCACCUGUUCCUUUAACUGGAGCAUUAAUCAUCUCCAGUUAUCGGCUUAUUGUCCCGGGUAUCAAAAUGGAUCAUCUCCAGUUUAAUCAACUUUACAGAAAGUCCUUCAGGCCAAGGAAACUGUCUCAACAGUCAAAUUAUGAUCAUAUCUUUCAGUUUUUCAUAGUAAUAGUAAUUAAUCACAUUCGUUAGUGUUUAAGUCUUUAUUUCAAUGCCUGAUAUGAUUGACGUAAUGUUUGAAUCAGCAGAUAUAUGGAUAUCUGUUGGUAUGUACCUCUGCUGAUAACAUCAUGUGAGGCGACUUCAACAUGUCGGCGAUAAGGGCAGAAAAACAGCUGAUUAUGAUUUGUAAAGUUAAGAUGAGGAAGAGCGAAACAGCCCUCCCAUAGACUGUAUUUACAAAACGGACGCAGUCUGCCUCCUCGCUGCGUGAAGCCACCGCGAGAACAGCACCCUCUGGUGACGGGCUGCAGUAUAGGUCAUGAAUCCCGCCUCCUCCAGCAAUCCUUAUGGAGCAGUUUCUCAGGCAGCGCAGUGGUGUAGUGGUCAGCACCGUCUCCUCAUAGUAAGAAGGUUGUAGGUUCGAAUCCUGGUCAGGGUGUUUCUGUGUGGAGUUUGCAUGUUCUCCCCGUGUCUGUGUGGGUUUACUCCAGUUUCCUCUCACAUCCCAAAAACAUGCAGAAGUGGGGUUCGGUUAAUGGUGAUGUGGAUGUGGAUGGUUGUUUGUCUCUAUAAGUUAGCCCUCAAAGUUGUUUUCUGAGCAGUCAGGGAGUUAUUUAAAAAGCGUUGGUGUUAUUUUCCAUCAUUAUCGAUGAUCUGCUUCAAGCACUGCCUCAGACUCAAAAUCUGAAGUUAGAAAAAGUGGAAAAAUCAAAAAUAGGAGCUUGUUUUACACUUUAUAUUGAUAUAUUGAUAUAAGCAGACUGCAAACGUCUCGCCUCUCAGUCAGUCAGUCAGUCGGCAGUGGAGCCUCUUCAAAGCUCUGAGGUUCAGUCAUGAGAUCAUUACAGGGCGGCGACGAUGACAGAGGCGGUGAGCGGCGAGUGACACACGCCUCAGAACCUACCGGUAAAUGUCCCUGUAAUUACACAGCAGCAGUCAAGAGACCUGACAGUUUUCCUGUUUGAUUAUUUUAACGCCAUGUCAUCUCUGCCCCCUCAGUGCUGGAGAGGAAAAUGUCCACGCGUCAGAGCAGAGAGGAGCUCAUCAAGAAGGGGGUGCUGAAGGAGGUGUACGAGAAAGGUGAGGGUGGAGGAAACAAAGGAGGACAUCUUUGAACCUGGUGAAACUCACAGUCGAGUUUUGAUGAAACCUUUCAGGCCGUGAUUUAACCUCCUCCAUCUCAAAUGAAUCCCUUCAUGUCUUAAAAACGUCUCAGCUGCAGCUCUUCAACCUUAAUUUCAUUUAGUGUGAGCAGAUCCAAGAAUCACCUCGUCUUAUUCCACCCCCGCUCACCUGCUCAGCCUGUUCUGCUCUCAGAAACAUUCAGACAGAAGUAUUUCAGCCCCUGGAUGAACUUUGUGUUCCUAAGUUUUAAAGACGUUCACCUCGACAUGUCGAUCUCAUCUUUUCCUGCUCUCUGUCCGCACAGACGGCUCUUGCUCGGCCGUACGAGAGGAGGUGAAGAUGGAGAACGGGCGCUCUCCGGUCCUGGGCUCCAGCCUGUCAGAGUGCGAGGGCGCUGAGCUGAUGGAGGGAGCGGCUGCAGCUGGAGGUGAGCAGCAGAGCCGAGUCGCUGAUGUUUCCUCAUCUCUGACCUUCAAUCGCAGAAUCUGAGGGUUUGAUUCCUGCCUCUUCUUCUCUUCUCUUCUCAGGCUCUCUGGAGUUUCACAUGUCCAGUGAGGCGGCGUGUCAACAGGACCACACCCAAAGAUCCAUCCAGGCCCCGCCCACAAAGAAGUCAACAGUUUACCCCUCUGAGGGCGCUGAGUCACCGCACAGACCUCCCACGCUACACAAACAACCUCCAGCGCUGCCGCCCAAACCCUUCAACAGGCUACCUAAUCACAUCACAGGUAUGUUUGUGCACGUGCACGCUCGCUUCUGCGUCCACGGCUGAGUGUGUGCACGUCUAAUCCGCUAUCUAACACACACCCCUCCAUGCAGACGGAGCCCCGGUGAAGCUGCCGUGUAUGUCGGUGAAGUUGUCUCCUCCUCUACCUCCAAAGAAGCUCCUGAUCUCCGUACCUGCAGGGAGCAUGGAGCCCUCUCCGCUCGCCUUCCAGAAGUGCCCCGCCCCCCCCAGCCACGCUCCGAUGGGCGGGCACUCCCUGCCGUACGGGACGCUGCCGGUUCCCCUCCACCCUCCCAGCCGGAUUAUAGAGGAGCUCAACAAGACCCUGGCCCUCACCAUGCAGAGGUUUGAGAGGUGAGGAGCUGAGAUCUCAUUUACAGCCGUGUGUCAUUUCUGCUUUUCUUGGAUCAUUUAAUCCUUCAGUUAUUAUUAAAAAUGUACAAUCAACACGUUUGACAAUUUGACGACAGGCUGGAUGAAAGCUCUUCACAUUUUAGCCGAACUGACGGCAUUAAGGAGAAAACUGCUGUCGCCGUGGAGAUGAAACAAACGGAGGAGUGUUUUUAUCACUCGCCUCUUUUAUUAACUGCAGCUUACACGCUCCGUCCUCUCUCCUCCACAUCCAUCAAUGUGAUUGGUUGCCUGUCUGCGCACAUAUUUUCCACAAGCCAGGCCCUGCUUACUGAUGUGCCUCUUGGGUGUACGCCCAUCUUUAUAUCCUGUAUAUUUUCACAAAUGGGACUUUAUCUGCAGAGUAUUUCUGAGAGAAAUCACUUCAUUUCAAUCCUCAUCUUCUCACUGUCUUCCACAUCGUUCCUCUCAUGCACUCCUGAACUCUCUCACCUCCAUCCUGCAGCUCCAUGAUGCACACCGUUCCCACGGUGAUGAUCGAGUGCGACGACGACAAAGAGAACCUGCCCGGCGAGGCGGACUACGAGGACCUGCCCGGUAUGUACAAGGACGAGGAAGAGGAGGAGGAGGAAGAGGAAGAGGAAGAUGAUGAGGAGGAAGAGGAGGAUGAGGAAGAGGAUGAGGAUGAUACGUUUUUUACAAGUAGGUGCUCUCGCUCUCUGACUGAAUAGUGCGUCAGUUCAGUGGAGUGUCAGUUACUGUCGUCUGUGUGAAGAGUGUCUGUGUUCAUGCUUUAAUAUUCACAGUGACAUGCUGCAGCGUGGACGCGCAGGACCUCUCACCGAGGUGUUUGUUUAUGGUUUAUUUACUGCACACACCGUACAUUAAACCUCAGAGGAGGAAAACAGGGAAUUUAUGCUGGUGACAGAAAAUGAACCAACACAAGCGAGAUGGUUCUUAAAUGUUGGGAGUCAUUUCUUCUCUCUGUUUCAUGUGGGUUUCUCAAACACAAACAAGAUUUUAAAAAACAAAAACGUUUGACGACAAAGAACGAAGAAGUAGAACAAAGGAGCCAAGGAAACAGGAACAAGGGACUGAGGCAGCGAGGAAACACGAGUAUGAGCUCGUGAUAAGGAAACACUGGAGGUUUAAUAAGGACAUUAAAACUCGAGAUAGAAAGUAAACAAAAAACAACAAUAAAGAGGUUAAAUGUAAAGAUAUAGAGGAAUCAGAAAUGUUAUAAACCAAUAAAGAGAAAUAAACAGACGCAACUAGAGAAGAGAUAACACCAUUUCAUAAGAGAGGAGAGUUUAAAACAAUAAUAAUAAAUGAAUAAUAAAACUAGAUUAGAAUAAAUAAGUAAACAGAUUCAUAAAUGAGGUUAGUUAAGACUAAAUUGGAAGGUCAUGAGUGUUAGGGUUUCAUAUCCUCUUAUCAACAGCCCUACUGUGGCUUUUUUCAGACAGAUGUAUCAGGGUAUUAGUUGAUGCAGGACAUGGAUGUCUCUCAACCAACCAAUCACAGCUCUUCCUUUCAGCCAGGAGGCCCAUUUAAACUCACCUCCCCCAUACUAACUACCUCCUGAGCUACUGCAGCCCUAUAACGGAGUAUAGAGCGGUCGUCCAAUUACUGGAAGGUUGGCAUUUCAAUUCCCCUCUUUCCCAAGUCUAUCUGCUGUAUCCUUGGUCAAGACCGAAAGAAUCGUAAUUAACUUAAUGCCAUUAGAUAUGUACAGCUGAUAUAAGUAUCCCUGCAGUUUGUCUUAACUCUGUUGUGAUUGUGAGGAGUUAUUAUAUAUAUAUUAUAAUUGUAGGCACACUGGCCAUGAAGGUUUUACGGAAGGACUCUCUGGCCAUCAAGCUGAGUAACCGCCCGUCCAAAAGAGAACUGGAGGAAAAAAACAUCCUGCAGCUGCAGUCGGACCAGGAGAGACUCGAGUCCCGGCAGCAAACGGCCACCAAACUGACCAGGUGAGGCGCACCAUCAGAUAUUACACAGAUCACACACAUGUGCAGACACACACCUCUACAUGCAGACCGGGUCACAUGUAAAGUGUUUCAGCUCUCAUAUUAGCUGUGAUUGAUUUGACCUGGCUGCUAACGGGAGCAGAUGAUGGAUGAUGAGUCAUAAUGGAGUGAGGAGGAGAGAGAUUAAAGCUGAGGAGCUGCUGCAUGAGGAGGAGACGUGAGGGAAAUAGAAAGUGGGGUACAGAGUGUGGUGUAAGUGAAAGGUGCAGCAGGCGUGUGCAGGUGCAGAAGUAAUGCACAAAGUAAAUUUCAUAUAAGAAUAAUCAGAGAGACUGCAGGUCUUAGUGUUUGAAUAUGAUUGAAUGACAGCAAGUUUAAUUUUGAUGAAGAGAAACCUUGCAUUGGAUUUUAUGUUGAUGAUUUUUACCUCUUUUUAACCCUUGUCAAUUUAAUAUAGCAGUAAAUUGUGUCUUUUACCUGCAUGCAUGAAUCAAACAUAGAAAACACUGUUUCCUGAAAUAGAGGUGUCACUAUCUUUCAGGCGGUUGAGUCAGCGGCCUACAGCAGAGGAGUUGGAGCAGAGGAACAUACUUAAACGUGAGAAACGCACUAAAAUAAUGAUAAUAAUAAUGAAAAUUAUGAGUUCCUCGGGUUUGACUGUGGUUGUCUUCUUCUGCCAGCUCGAAACGAUCUGGAGGAGCAGGAGGAGAAGAGGGAGAUCAAGAGACAUCUAUCCAAAAAGGUAAGAUUCGCAGGUGGAGGCUUUGAUGGUUUUUCACAGCCCCCACUGUAAAGGGAACAUGGUUGCCAUGGUGACUAAACUGCCACCCUCCAGAAAGGUUGAUUGUAUCAUCUGUUACAUCACCCCCUCACUCUGUUCGGUGUGUAAGGAAAAUCUCCUUCAUGAUGAUGUUCAUGACAGAUAACUUCAUAUUGUGUUCAAAUUUUUUUUUACUCUUAUCUAUAACUGCAAACACUUAUUUGUUUUGUUAGUAAACACGAGCUGUGGAAAUGAGUUAAGUGGGAUUUUAACUCCAAAAUAUUGAAACAGUUGUAAAGCAAAAUUUUAAGGAAAAUAGAGAUGAUAGUAUAGUAUGGUAAAAAUUGUCAUAGUAUACUAUGCUAAAAAUUGUGAUAGUUUAGUAUGCCAAAAAAUGUCAUAGUAUAGCAUGUUAGAAAUUGUCAUAGUAUAGCAUGUUAAAAAUUGUCAUAGUAUAGUAUGAUAAAAAAUGUCAUAGUAUAGCAUGUUAAAAAUGUCAUAGUAUAGUGUGAUAAAAAAUGUCAUAGUAUAGCAUGUUAAAAAUUGUCAUAGUAUAGUAUGAUAAAAAAUGUCAUAGUAUAGCAUGUUAAAAAUUGUCAUAGUAUAGUAUGAUAAAAAAUGUCAUAGUAUAGUAUGUAAAAAAAUGUCAUACUAUAGUAUGAUAAAAAAUGUCAUAGUAUAGCAUGUAAAAAAAUGUCAAAGUAUAGUAUGUUAAAAAUUGUCAUAGUAUAGUAUGAUAAAAAAUGUCAUAGUAUAGUAUGUGCAAAAAAAAUGUCAUAGUAUAGUAUGUUUGAAAUUGUCAUAGUAUAGCAUGUUAAAAAUUGCCAUAGUAUAGUAUGAUUAAAAAUGUCAGUAUAGUAUGUUAAAAAUUUCAUAGUUAGGUAUGUUAAAAAGUGUCAUAGUAUAGUAUGAUAAAAAAUGUCAUAGUAUAGCAUGUUAAAAAUGUCAUAGUAUAGUGUGAUAAAAAAUGUCAUAGUAUAGUAUGUUAGAAACCAACUUUAGAGAGUGUGUCAAAAAAUUGUCAUAGUAUACUUUGCUAAAAAAAUGUGAUAGAUCAGUAUGCUAAAAAAUGUCAUAGUAUAGCAUGUUAGAAAUUGUCAUAGAAUAGCAUAUUAAAAAUUGUCAUAGUAUAGUAUGAUAAAAAAUGUCAUAGUAUAGUAUGUGCAAAAAAAAUGUCAUAGUAUAGUAUGUUAAAGAUUGUCAUACUAUAGUAUGUGCAAAAAAAAUGUCAUAGUAUAGUAUGUUUGAAAUUGUCAUAGUAUAGCAUGUUAAAAAUUGCCAUAGUAUAGUAUGAUUAAAAAUGUCAGUAUAGUAUGUUAAAAAUUUCAUAGUUAGGUAUGUUAAUAAGUGUCAUAGUAUAGUAUGCUAAAAAAUGUCAAAGUAUAGUAUGUUGCAAAGAUAAAACUAUAAUAAAAAAUGUCAUAGUAUAGUAUGUUAGAAACCAACUUUAGAGAGUGUGUCAAAAAAUUGUCAUAGUAUACUUUGCUAAAAAAAUGUGAUAGAUCAGUAUGCUAAAAAAUGUCAUAGUAUAGCAUGUUAGAAAUUGUCAUAGAAUAGCAUAUUAAAAAUUGUCAUAGUAUAGUAUGUUUGAAAUUGUCAUAGUAUAGUAUGUGCAAAAAAAGUCAUAGUAUGGCAUGUUAAAAAAGGCAUAGUUUAGUAUGAUAAAAAAUGUCAUAGUAUAGUAUGAUAAAAAAUGUCAUAGUAUAGCAUGUUAAAAAAUGUCAUAGUAUAGUAUGAUAAAAAAUAUAGUAUAGCAUGUGCAAAAAAUAUGUCAUAGUAUAGUAUGAUAAAAAAUGUCAUGGUAUAGUAUGAUAAAAAAUGCCAUAGUAUAGCAUGUUAAAAAAUGUCAUAGUAUAGUAUGAUAAAAAAUGUCAUAGUAUAGUAUGUUAAAAAUUGUCAUAGUAUAGUAUGAUAAAAAAUGUCAUAGUAUAGUAUGUUAAAAAUGGUCAUAGUAUAGCAUGUUAAAAAUUGUUAUAGUACAGUAUGUUAAAAAUUGUCAAAGUAAAGUAUGAUCAAAAAUGUCGUAGUAUAGUAUGUUAAAAAUUGUCAUAGUAUAGUAUGUUAAAAAAUGUCAUAGUAUAGUAUGUUAAAAAUUGUCAUAGUAUAGUAUGAUAAAAAAUGUCAUAGUAUAGUAUGUUAAAAAUGGUCAUAGUAUAGUAUGUUAAAAAUUGUCAUAGUAAAGUAUGUUAAAAAUUGUCAAAGUAAAGUAUGAUCAAAAAUGUCGUAGUAUAGUAUGUUAAAAAUUGUCAUAGUAUAGUAUGAUAAAAAAUGUCAUGGUAUAGUAUGUUAAAAAUUGUCAUAGUAUAUUAUGAUAAAAAUUUCAUAGUAUGGUAUGUUAAAAAAUGUCAUAGUAUAGUAUGAUAAAAAAUGUCAUGGUAUAGUAUGUUAAAAAUUGUCAUAGUGUAGUAUGAUAAAAAAUGUCAUAGUAUAGUAUGUUAAAAAUGGUCAUAGUACAGCAUGUUAAAAAUUGUUAUAGUACAGUAUGUUAAAAAUUGUCAAAGUAAAGUAUGAUCAAAAAUGUCGUAGUAUAGUAUGUUAAAAAUUGUCAUAGUAUAGUAUGAUAAAAAAUGUCAUGGUAUAGUAUGUUAAAAAUUGUCAUAGUAUAUUAUGAUAAAAAUUUCAUAGUAUGGUAUGUUAAAAAAUGUCAUAGUAUAGUAUGAUAAAAAAUGUCAUGGUAUAGUAUGUUAAAAAUUGUCAUAGUAUAGAAUGAUAAAAAAUGUCGUAGUAUAGUAUGUUAAAAAUUGUCAUAGUAUAGUAUGAUAAAAAAUGUCAUGGUAUAGUAUGUUAAAAAUUGUCAUAGUAUAUUAUGAUAAAAAAUUUCAUAGUAUAGUAUGUUAAAAAAUGUCAUAGUAUAGUAUGAUAAAAAAUGUCAUGGUAUAGUAUGUUAAAAAUUGUCAUAGUGUAGUAUGAUAAAAAAUGUCAUAGUAUAGUAUGUUAAAAAUGGUCAUAGUACAGCAUGUUAAAAAUUGUUAUAGUACAGUAUGUUAAAAAUUGUCAAAGUAAAGUAUGAUCAAAAAUGUCGUAGUAUAGUAUGUUAAAAAAUGUCAUAGUAUAGUAUGAUAAAAAAUGUCAUGGUAUAGUAUGUUAAAAAUUGUCAUAGUAUAGUAUGAUAAAAAUUUUAUAGUAUGGUAUGUUAAAAAAUGUCAUAGUAUAGUAUGAUAAAAAAUGUCAUGGUAUAGUAUGUUAAAAAUUGUCAUAGUAUAGAAUGAUAAAAAAUGUCAUAGUAUAGUAUGUUAAAAAUUGUCAUAGUAUAGAAUGAUAAAAAAUGUCAUAGUAUAGUAUGUUAAAAAUUGUCAUAGUAUAGUAUGAUAAAAAAUGUCAUAGUAUAGUAUGUUAAAAAUUGUCAAAGUAAAGUAUGAUCAAAAAUGUCGUAGUAUAGUAUGCUAAAAAAUGUGAUAGUUUAUUAUGCCAAAAAAUGUCACUGUAUAGCAUGUUAGAAAUUGUCAUAGUAUAGUAUGAUUAAAAAUGUCAUAGUAUAGUAUGUUUAAAAUUUCAUAUAUUAUAUGAUAAAAAAAUCUCGUAGUAUAUUACAAAGCAUGUCAUAGUAAAACAUGUCAUAGUAUUGUAUGAUAAAAAUUUUGAUAAAAAGGAAGAUAGAGAUGAUCAACCUUUCCCGUAUUUUAUGAAUGAGGACACAUUCAUGAACCCACCUUUCUGAUACCUCCAGCUCAGUCAGAGACCCACGGUGGAGGAGCUGCGUGAGGCCAAGAUCCUGAUCCGCUUCAGCGACUACGUGGAGGUAGCCGAGGCUCAGGACUACGACAGGCGAGCGGACAAGCCAUGGACUCGACUAACAGCUGCUGAUAAGGUCAGCUGGACUCGCUGGUGUCUUUACUAACAGAGGCAGUCUGUGAGUUUGUCGUUUGUGUGUGUGUCUUUGAACAGUUGUUAUUUGUGUGUUUUUCAGGCUGCCAUCAGGAAGGAGUUGAACGAGUUUAAAAGCACAGAGAUGGAGGUGCACGAGUCCAGUCGGCAUCUGACCAGGUAAGACCAAAACAUACAUAACUAUUGUAGGAAAUAAAGUAACACCAGGCAAGUUUGAAGCAUCAAACCAACUGUUUACCAAGAAUGAAAGUAAGAUAGGUGAUGCAAAAUAUAUCUGUGUCCACUAAGUGAAACAAUAAUGGACACAAGCCUAAACUUCCCCACCGCAGCUUUAAUUCAGCUGAAGAUUUGAAGCUUUGAACGUCACUUGGGCUUCAAAAUCUCUUCAUUCAGCUUGACAGUUUAGAAAUUUGUGUGUGUAAUCUGUGCUGUUAUUAAAAGUAAGAGAAAAAAACAACCAAAUGUUUGUACUGUACCUUUAUUUUUUUAUCUGCAAAUGUAAGAAAGAAAAGUUUGAUUUCUUGCAGAGUUUUACACCACCAGAUAUAACUACUGAACACAAAUGAUGACCUUUUUGUGAUGAUAGAGGUCCUGAGUGACGUGUGAAUUCUCAUCCGUUAAGUUUGGGCAGAUGAGCUGGUAGUUUUACUUCAUAACACUCUUAAUUUGUAAAAUGAGAGCAGGUGCUUCAGUCUGUCAUUAAAUUAGCUGCUUUGAGUGUGCCUGACCACCAGGUGUCACUGUGUUUGCUGAGUUUGAAACAGGCCCUAAAGCUUCACAGUGUACCCUGAACAACCAUCCAGAUCUUGGUUGAAAUAUUCAUCCUCUCUUCCCUGUCUCGGUGUCUCCCUGCAGGUUUCAUCGGCCAUAAAACGGUCCGGUCAGACCUCGGACUCGCUUUUAUCCUCCCACGCCAAGCCUCAAGUGUUCAGAUCGCUACCUGCUGCCCUCGUGCUGACUGCUCCUCUCUCCAGCGUCGACUCUGAAUCGACAGACCUGACGUGAACUCGACCCGAGCGCUGCAGCCUUCAAGGGAAAGAGGAGCAAACACACGGAGGAGAACUCACAGACUCCUUGAUAUUCAAAAGCUUUUCAUUUUGUAUGACGACGACGAAGCUGAAGGUGAUUUGUUUACUUUGCAGCACUUUUUGGACAGAAUCUGUGCCAAUUCCAAGGAGUGGAUAUGUCAAAGCUGAAGAGGGGACUUCAUUUUCUUUCCUUUUUUUGUACAAAGGGAUGAUUUUGUUGCCUUUCACCAGGUUCUCACUCCUUCUCCAUCUUUUCUGAGGGGUUUGCUUGUGUUGGCACAGAUGACGUUCUCAUUGUCUCAUUACCUGAGGACUUUAAAGCACUCGCAGCAGAUCAUGGCUGUUGUAGGCAGCUGACUCGAAAGCCAAACUCUCCAUAAAUCCGAAUCAAACUCCCUUAAACUUUUCCGCGUUAACAGGUUAAGAUCUCCGGACACAAACACACCAAUCAACAGCAAUAAUUUCAGAUUUCCUCCACUUCUUCAUCUCCUUUACGGGCUGCAUUCACGAGUCCAACACGUCCAGAUCCCCGUUUUCAAACCAAAGCAACUUGACUUGCUGUGGAAGUUGUGAUCUUGAAUGCAUCUCAGAGUUCAGUAACGCACUGUGUCGCUGUGCCUACAGUAUUGUUUACAGGGAUUUAAAAAUUGCCAAAUUAACUCAUUUCAUUUGAUACAGACUAUUUAUCUGUAGACACGGUCAAAUGUUGCUGAACUCUCUGGAACUUUUGUUUUGGUGAUUCACUUUUUAUUAUGAACUUUCUUGAUACAAAACCUGAGAACUCUGCCAUCUUACUUUUCAUGUUUUUAUCGUUUACAGUCCAUGUUAGGCUCAUGAAAUGAAAAGUCUGGAGAACUGGUGUUUGUGUGUGUGUGUGUGUGUGUGUGUGUGUGUACGAGAGCCAGAAAUAUCACUGUCUCCUGUCUGUGGAAAAGCUGUUUUGAGAGACUCUCAGAAUUAUAAAUCUUGUACAUAACAAAGGAAGAAAGUGAGACUUUUCAGAUGUUUUUGUAAAGCAGAAAACUGCAUGUGAGUAUUAAUUUAUUGUGAGUCUUCUAUGAUGUAUGCAGUUUCUUAAUGAAGGAAACUUAUUAAAAAAAUAAGUUUAUGAUUCCUCGCCUCUUUCCACGCAGGUUUUGUGCGUUCACCUUCAUCGGCUUCUUUGUUUUCUGAGGUCAUUCAUUCAUGCUUUCAUUCAAGUCUCGUUUUUGUUUAUCGUCCUCGGAGGAAGCUGGGAAUUACUGCAUCCUGACUCCCAACUCCUCCGGCUCAUUAAAAGUAGUUCGUGAUGAGUUUUCGGUUCAUUCAUGCGAGUCCCUCAGUGGAGGUCAAAGCAGGUCCUGGUGCAUCCUGGGAGGUUACACGGCGUGCAUCGGGGUGCCGCAGUAUUUGUGCCACAAGUCGAU